AUGCAGUCUCAAGACGAAUACACCACCGACAAUCUACAAGAACUACUCAUUAUUCUUCACCCAGUUUUCUCAAAAUGGUACUACAUCGGACUUGGGUUGAGAGUCGAAAAUCUAAACGUUAUUCGCGCAGACUAUCCAGGAGACGCACAAAGAUGCUUCACAGAGAUGCUUGAGACCAGACUAAGGCAAGGGCCACUCCCCAAAUCAGAGCUACACGAUUGUUUGUGUUUGCCUACUGUUGGGGAGAUUGAUUUAGCAAGUAGAAUUCCUGGUUUAAUAAGAAUUCCAGAUGAAGAAAUUGAGUUGAUUUCUGUCACCAAGAACAAUGUGAUUCACUGCAUCAAGCCUGACAUUGCUGACACUGUGUUUCCGUACACACAAUUGAGGAAGAACUAUAAUUUCACUGCCUUUUUCUUUGUCAUUUUCAUCUUUCUUCAACUGGUUACCAUGGUGGAUAAUCACAACUGGGUCAAGCCACGAAACUACACAGUUCAACAGUACACGAACAGAGUUGUGUUCUUCACUUUAUACACCUUCCUUCUAAUUGUAACCCCUUGCGUAUGCUAUGCACAGUUGUGCCGACUAGGCUCGUUCGAGAAAACUUUCUUCAUAUCUAACGACACUACUAGAGUACCAAUUGACAAUGCAACUAAAGAAAAUGUAAACAAAAUUGUGACGGAUCGAAAAAUAUCAUUAAAUCCACUGGAAUUGAUCUCACAGAUUGUGUUACUGCUCAAGGUGAAAAUUAAUGAAUUUGAUCUCAAGAGAUUUCAAGUCCUGAUACAUGCCAUCAUACUUCCAAUGUUUCUGUUCUACAUUAGAGCAUUUGAUGACUCAAAAUCUCACCAGACAGGAUGGAAAAACUUGAGGAUCGGAGGUGAGAGACUCAUCGACUUAUGGGAAUGCAUUUCGUUCAGUAUCAUAUUUUUUCUCUCCGGAACUAUGAAAGAUGUUUAUUGCUUUGAAAACCACAUUGCUACUCUCUUUGCCGAAGAUGAGUUAGAACAAAGUGCUCAGAGAAAAAGGUUGUCAAAAAAGAUUUUCCACGCUAUUCGAAGACGUUGGUCUUUAAUGGAUGUUUACACACACUUUUUGUCGAUUGUUUUUGCUGCCUUAGCAAUAGUGCUGUUUUUGUACGGGAAACCGUUCACCCCGAGGUACAUACUACUAGAAAACGCCCUGGAGCAACACGCUUGGAAUGUUGUUACAGUGCUCAUUAUACUCCUGCAGUUUGGUGGAUCGUCCGCUAAUCCCACUUUCAAGCUAUUUUGUUCGAUUUGCUACAUCGCAUUUCCAUUUAUAAUGUGUACUUUAGUUUACGUGGAUGAGAUUAACAAGGCGUUUGAUAUUCAUCUUCCUCGAGGGAACGCACUUCUUUUGAUAUUUGCUAGCCAGUUAGUGACUCUUAUCAACUGGCUUGUUUGUCUAUUCCAUUGCUAUUUGCGACAAAAAGAUCUUCACUGGAGAUAUCAUUUGUGCCUUGCAGCUGUUGUGCUGGUGUUUGGCUGCUUGUGUUAUAUCAACGUUAGAGAGUUCAAGUAUUACAUUCACGAAGGAAACUGCACAUGUAGUUGCAAUUGUACUUCUAUUGAUGGUAGUGUGUACAAUAUGAUUAAUUGAUUACAUUUCUAUUAACUUUUUAGUUCACUUUCAA